AUGUCGGAAUACGACAGCAACACGUUCACGGACGCGAAAGUCAACAACCCGUUUCAGCGUGUGAUCAAGUAUUUGAGUCACAUGGCGACAUAUUACAUUAUCAACCUUCUCUCCAAUUUGUUCCAGGAAUCGCAAGCGAGACAGACGGCAGCCGGCUUGGAAGAGUACAAUCCUUUCACGGACUCCAAAAAUACAACGAUGGCCGCCAAGCCCGCUGCGCCCGUCGUCCCCACGCAGCCCGCCAUCAUGAAGCCCACAGAGGAGCCUCCGGUCUACACGCAGGAGGCGCCGGCAUCAGGGGCCGCUGGCGAGCUGCUGAGGAGGCAGGAGGAGCUGGAGAGGAAAGCUGCAGAACUGGACCGACGAGAGCGGGAGAUGCAGUCGCUCUCUGCCUCUGGAGGUAGGAAGAACAACUGGCCUCCUCUACCAGACAAGUUCCCAGUGGGUCCAUGUUUCUACCAGGACAUCACUGUGGACAUUCCUGUGGACUACCAGAAGACUGUGAAGAUCAUGUACUACCUGUGGAUGGUCCACACGGGGGUGCUGCUGGCCAACCUGGUGGGCUGCCUGGCUUGGUUCUGUGUGGACUCGUCACGCCUCGUGGACUUUGGCCAGUCCAUCCUGUGGUUCCUGCUCUUCACGCCGUGUUCCUUCGCGUGCUGGUUCCGACCCGUCUACGGAGCCUUCAAGAUUGACAGCUCCUUCCGCUUCUUCCUCUUCUUCUUCGUCUACACCUGCCAGGUUGGCGUUUACGUCCUACAGACCGUGGGCCCCACCGGCUGGGGAGCUUGCGGGUGGAUCUCCGCCCUGACCGGCCUCAACAAGAACGUGGCGGUGGGCAUCCUGAUGAUCCUCAUCGCCGCCCUUUUCACCUCGCUGCUGGUCAUGUCGCUCAUCAUGCUCAAAAAGGUCCACGCCGCGUACCGCACCACCGGCGCCAGCUUCCAGAAGGCCCAGCAGGAGUUCGCCACAGGAGUCAUGUCCAACAAGACGGUGCAGACGGCCGCCGCCAACGCCACCUCCAGGGCGGCCCAGGGAGCCUUCAAGGAGCCCAUCUGAGCUCCUCCGUGACCCUUGAACCUCGGUGAGGGAAUCAAACCGGCCACCGCUCCGCCCACGUGGCAUUCAACUAACUACGCCGUGCACCUCUUUAAAGAGUCCCCCUCAUUUUACUCCUGUUUAUAAUUAACUUGAACGAGAACAUAACACUUAUUGUCAGCCGUGUAGCGCUGCCGCCCCCCGGUGGUGUGGUGGUGUAUUACACGAACUGAAUGCUGGCCGUUCCGUUUUGGCCUCAUCAUUAUUUAACUUUCAUAAAACUGGAAAAAAACAAACAUCCGAAACAUUUCUCAAAAUUCUAAAAAAUUUUAAAAUGAUUUUAAUUUAUUUUAAAUAUUAAAAUGUAUUAUAUAAUAUAAUAUAUACUAAAAUAAAAAAUCAUUCCUAAUUAAUAAAAGUUGAGAAGCUUUUAAAGCGACUUUUCCCCACCUAAACAUUUUAUUAUAGAAAAACAUACAAAUGAAAUACAUAUAAAUUAUAACUAAAAAUGUUUU